CGGGCCUCCCCGCGCCGGGAAUCUCCCGCCAUCCGCGCGGGUCCCCACGGCAAGGAGCACGUGGAGCGGCCGCGGAGCCUGAGCGACAGCUGCAGCCCGAGCGGCCCGUGGCGACAUGGAAGAUAUACAAGCAAAUGCAGAGCUGAAAGGUGCCGAGGAGCAGCCUCUGCCCACAGAAAGCCCCGACGCCCUGAGUGACUACGGUUUAAGCAAACCUCAUGAAGUAGAGAAUAUGCACAGCACCGAAGCCCCAGCCCAUGAAGACGAAGACGCCGGAGAAGACGCCAUGAAAGUGAAAGAUGAAUGCAGCGAAAGAGGCGACGGCGGCGCGUUGAAGCCGGAGCCCCUGGGGAGCGCAGAGGAGCGCGAGAUUCCUUACAGCUACGCGAGGGAAUAUAACGAAUAUGAAAACAUUAAGCUGGAGAGACACGCUCCGUACGACGGCGGCAGGCCGACCGGUGGGAAGAUGAACUGCGAUGUGUGCGGAUUAUCCUGCAUCAGCUUCAAUGUCUUGAUGGUGCAUAAGCGAAGCCAUACUGGUGAACGCCCGUUCCAGUGUAAUCAGUGCGGGGCAUCUUUUACUCAGAAAGGUAACCUCCUCCGCCACAUUAAGCUGCACACAGGGGAAAAACCUUUUAAGUGUCACCUCUGCAACUACGCAUGCCAAAGGAGAGAUGCGCUCACGGGACACCUUAGGACACACUCUGUGGAGAAACCCUACAAGUGUGAAUUCUGCGGACGGAGCUACAAGCAGAGAAGCUCCCUGGAGGAGCACAAGGAGCGAUGCCGUACAUUUCUUCAGAAUUCCGACCUGGGGGACGCCACAAGUGUGGAGGCAAGACACAUCAAAGCGGAGAUGGGAAGUGAAAGAGCGCUCGUUCUGGACAGAUUAGCAAGCAAUGUGGCAAAACGGAAAAGCUCAAUGCCUCAGAAAUUCAUUGGAGAGAAGCGGCACUGCUUUGACGUCAGCUACAACCCCAGCUACGCCUAUGAGAAGGAGACUGAGAUAAUGCAGACCCGAAUGAUGGACCAAGCCAUCAACAGCGCCAUCAGCUACCUUGGGGCUGAAGCCCUGCGCCCCUUAGUCCAGACUCCACCUGCUCCCACCUCUGAGAUGGUCCCAGUUAUCAGCAGCAUGUAUCCUUUAGCACUUACCCGGGCUGAAAUGCCCAAUGGGGCCCCCCAGGAGCUGGAAAAGAAAAGGAUGCUCCUACCAGAGAAAAACUUGCCUUCUGAACGAGGUCUGUCCCCCAACAAUAGUGCCCACGACUCGACAGACACUGACAGCAACCACGAGGAUCGCCAGAAUCAUGUCUACCAGCAAAGCCAUGUGGUCCUUCCCCAGGCCCGCAACGGGAUGCCACUUCUGAAGGAGGUCCCACGCUCCUUUGAACUCCUGAAGCCGCCUCCCAUCUGCCUGAGAGACUCCAUCAAAGUGAUCAGCAAAGGAGGGGAGGUGAUGGAUGUGUUCCGGUGUGACCACUGCCAUGUCCUCUUCCUAGAUUAUGUAAUGUUUACCAUCCACAUGGGGUGUCAUGGCUUCCGCGACCCUUUCGAGUGUAACAUGUGUGGCUACCGAAGCCACGAUCGCUACGAAUUCUCCUCUCACAUUGCCAGAGGAGAGCACAGAGCCAUGUUGAAGUGAGCAUCAGUCUCCGAACUCACAAUCUAAGGGCCAACGUUGUUUUUGUUUUUUUUUUUUUUUAAACUGAUGAUAGCCUUACCCAGGAAGCUGAACUCGAACCCACAGUCCUGGCCCGUUAUGUUAGCAUUCAGUCAUAGUUACACAAACAAUCAGGGAAACACUGCCUUCGUCCAGAAACAGUUUGCAGAGCCAUCACGUUACUCUGCGAAACCUUCCUUUCCCAUCAGUUGAAUUUGAUGGGAUUUAAAAGCCAAAGAAGUAUCUGGUUCAUUAUCUUUUGUAGCAAUAGACAGCCAUCCUCUGGAGCUCCUUGCCAACUGGAACAGUCUUCAGUGGGCUGCAGGAGACAUUCGCCGGGAUAUAGCAGCCAUAUGCGGAAAAGCCUUUUGAUCCCAUGCCCAGAUCCACACGGUGGAAGAGCUGACCAGCUGCCCUUGCCCUUGGGCACUAGCACGAGGCAGAAGGGUUAGGACCUAACCUCCCCCUCCCUUCCCAGUUUAACAGUAAGAUAGGGACCGCCAUAGAGUAAGGACCUGCUACCAGGAAUGGAAGAGCCUACCCUCGGAGCUUCAAUUCGCUUCCUGUCCCACAAACAAACAAGACAGAAGCCAUCUGAGGACCCUUCUGCUUCACCUGCCUGUCAUCAGGGAACACCUGAGGUGAUCUGGUCUAAGCCAGCUCUCUGAAAGAAAAUUUUACCCAGAAGAACCAACCAACGCUUUUAAAUACUGAGUAUCACGGACACCCAGGGAUUAGCCACUGAGGGGCAGUGGUAUUUGUUUUUGUUUUUGAUUGAGAUUGGCCAAGCAGGCUGGAGACAUAGCUCAGUGGUACAGUGUUUGCCAAGUUCAACCCCCAGCACCAGGGGACAAAGAGGAAAGAAAGAAAAGGGGGGGAAAGAAAGAUUAGCAGAGCAGAGUGUGUAAGGGCACGUGGGUUGUCACUGUGGUGGAGUACUGGGUGCAAACCCAAAGAACACCUAAAGUGAUUUUGCACACGCAUGUACACAGGGGACCCGGAACAUCCCCAUUGCCUGCCCCACAGGAGUGAGAGCAGGGACACCGAUGUUCUGAUCAGGAUGCUGCAAGGUCACGUUAGACAUGGGUGGCUUUUAUUUCACUUUUAAACCUCAUCACCUAGAUGGGGCCUCAAACUCACCACUAGCUGAGGGUAGCCAGGACUCUGAUCCUCCUGCCUCAGCCUGCUGAGUGCUGGGGUGAGAGACGAUCACCAUCAGGGUGUUUGCCGUCUUAAACCAGAGCUGCCACAUUCCCCUAAGAGUCUCGGAAGUCUAUCUCGUUCUGUAGAUGGGCUAUGUCGCUACACACACAGGCACCAAGACAUCCAGGAAACCCAGAAUAGAGUUCACAAUGCAUGUGUACCAAGCUCCUAUCUGCUACUAAUUAGUGUGUGCUUUUGUACAAAUCAUUUAACUCUAAAAGCUAAACUUCCUCAACCAUAAAAUAAGAGUUGGAUUUAGACCUUCUUGAUUGUCCCACCUGGCUGCGAUACACGAUUAUUCCAUAACCACAGGUUAUUUUUAAACCUCCUGAUGUGUGGGCACUAGGCAGAAGGGUCCACACAUGAAAAUGUGUUCCAUAUCUCUUUGGUGUGAAAAUAUAAGUGUGUUAAGUUUUUCCUUCAGCCACUGAGUCAUGAACGUGAGGAGACCCUGAGGAGGAACAAAGAACAGGAAGGUGAUUUGGUCUUGCCAAAGUGUGCACACAAAUUGGCAUCCACAGCUGCUUGCCGGAGCCCUUUUCUUCCUUUCCUUUUUAAGAACUGGUCUUAGGGAAAAUAAGUUCUGCUUACAGGGACAGUUCCACGGAGCCUAUUUACAAAUUAAGAGCUAGCUUUAUGAACAUUUCUGCCAGAGCCAAGAAUCCCGAGUUCCUGGUAGAUUAGCAUUUUCCUUCUAAAGAGCUUAUGGAUUCGGCUCUCGCUCAACUCAUGUAUGCAAUGCCAGUAAUUAAAACGUUCCACCUCAGACACACAAAUGGCUUAGCCUGCUUUGUAGCAUGGUGUCUGUCUCAGGGAAGGGGGGGCAUGAAAUUCCAUGGCAACAGUUCUGUGUUGCCUGAGGCGUCAGUUAAAGGGCUGGGUGUCUUCAGCACACUGCUGUAUCUUAGCAGAGUUGGAGCUGAUCUGUGCCACACUGUUUGUGCCCAUUGUGAAAGAAGACCUGCCUAGUCUAUGCUUGAGAUGGUUCACAUCCUGUUGA